CCUCCCCAAUUGGAAAGCUGGUCAGGAUACCAGUUGCUUGGGGGAGUCAAGAGCAGGGGAGAGUAGUCAUCAGCAUGUCCUGUUUGUGAUAUUCUCGGAAGCUUUGGCCAUUGAUUUUGUGAAGAUGGAAGUUUGGGCCUCUUGGUCUGGUCCAGAAAAUGUGUUCUGAUCUUUUUGCAGAUUUAAUGGCCGAGUGUGUGAUAAAUUUGGCUUGUUAUCCUAUACAUCUGUUGCAGGUUUCCACAGGAGUUACAUUGUCCCUUCCAAAGUUUUAUGGAGACCUAACUUUUUUUACUCACUCAGAGGAGAGAGCUCCGUCUCUUCAUUUCCCUUCCAACAAGUAGCAAAGCUUGCCUUGACCAUCUCCCUUUGUAGAUCCUUUUCCCCAAUUUGCUUCCAAGACGGCACAGUUCAUACAUCAUGAAGAACAUUUCUCAAUCCUAAUAAACUUGUUUGACAUAAGCAGUCCCCCUAUUGUGCUAGGCUUCCCACCAUACAAGAGCAGGCACUGAUACUUUUCUACUGGGAAAACUGUCCACUAGACUGCGGUGUUCUUCUGAGCGUCAUUCCAGAGUUAUGGGGGAAAGAGGGGGUAUGUGCAGUAAAGCAACACAAAGAGGAUUUGCCAGAUGGGAAAGCACCAAGCCAAAACCAAAUCAAGAAGAGGAGACCUGCAAGAUUUUUCUUCCCAAAUGAGUUAUCUCUUUGCGUGACUUAAUCUGGGGAAGGGGGCUCGGGGAAGGCAUUCGUGUCACACCAGCUCUGCUCAAGCCACAGGAAUCUCUCCAGGUGGCUGCUUGCCUGAGGGUGGUUUUGAAAGGGAACUUCUCGUGCAAGAAAAUUGGGAUGGGGACAGUGAGGAGACUGAAGGGCUUCAUCCCACACUCUCAGAAUCUGGGACAAACUUUCACUGGCUUUAUAAGGAUUGCAUUAGAAGUCCAAUUUGUUCUCCCCCAUUCUCCAGGAUCUGACCAUAGUGGUUUUCCCCCCUGUUCUUUUAGCUCUCUCGACAUGCCUCAGAAAGAUCCCUGUCAGAAACAAGCCUGUGAAAUCCAGAAAUGUUUGCAAGCCAACAAUUACUUGGAGUCCAAAUGUGAAGCCGUUUUCCAGGAGAUGAGAAGAUGCUGUGGCCGGUAUCCCCCGGGCAGAUCCAUCUGUUGCUCUGGGUUUGAGAUCGAGGAGAAAGAGAGGCAGAAGCAGAAAUCAACUUCCCAAGGAACUCCCGGCCCACCCGCCUAAGCCGCACUGACCUUUGACAGAGCGUAGAUCUUUUCCCGAAAAUUCAAGACAUCUGCCCCGGCUCUCUGGAGCUAUACCUCAGAAGUGCUGUUGCCCUGGAAUUUGCUUCAAGAAACAAAACACGGCAGGUGACUUCUCUCCCAGACACUGGAGGAAGCCAGAAAACAACAGCCCAUCUGCUAGCACUUCUGCCAUCAAAACGUGUCAAUUCUGUAGCCUUAUAGUGAAUGAUGUCCAAGUAGGCUAAUCUGGUGUUUUGUGUUCACUGUAACCUAAUCUAUUGUCAGGAGUAGCAAUAUUCCACUGCAAGGUGAAACCUGAGCAGCCUUUGUGUGUGUGUGUGUGUGCGUGUGCAGGAUAAUGUGUUGGGAGUUGAGUUUUUAAGACAAUAACUUUAGACGUGGUAUGUAAAUAAGUCUCUUGUUCGAGCUGGAGAAGAAACUCUUAGUCCCACCGAGUCAGCACCUCCCAGCCUGUUCAGAACCCCUCCUCUGCUGUUUGCAGUGCAGAUGUAAGAUAUUCUGGUAUCAAAAAGCCUCAGGAGGCAGAGGCUGACCCUUUCCGCCGGGCAAUACACCUUAGUGAAAUUACCUGUGUGCCUCAGUUUCCUCGUCUCGGAAAUGGGAAGAUCGCCUGCCCUCCAAGCUGUAGAUUUGUUAGCACUUGAAUCCAAUUGCACAAUACUGAGUAUGUGAACGCUGUUUGUGAAAGCAGCAAUUUUCAGGGAAACGUACGGUGUGGUGUUUUUUUUUUUUUAAGCAAUAGUCACUUUACAGAAAACAAGAGAGAGAUGUAUUUUUUUGAAGAAGUUCCCACUUGGAGACUUGUGUGUGCAAAGCCCCAUUUCAAUGAAAGCAACUGAAUGCGGCUUGUAGCAUCCCUCUUCCCCCAGUGAGACCCUGCUGAGCACCCCUCCUGCCUGCCUUCAAGGGAUUUUUAGCAGCUUCUCCAUAUUCAUUUCCCAGUGUUGCUGUAAUUUCAAGACCACUGCAAAGUCCCAUGUAUAUUCUAGGCAGGCAUCACCAAAGGUGGUGGAACAAUUACAUCUGUGCUAAGUCUCUUGAAAUACCAUGCUGCAAAAAUACAUGAUCUGAACAAUUUUUAAAAA